AUGGCGUCCUCCUACUCCUCAUCCGCUCUCUCCGACUCCUCCCUCGCCUCGUCCUCCUCCGGGUCCUCCUCCUCCGCCGCCGCCUCGUACGAAUCCACACCCUCCACCGCCCCGACGUCCAUCUACAAGACGCCUUCCAGCUCGCGCAGCACGCGCCACGAGCGGCCACGCCGCCGCAGCCAGGAGCAGCCGAGGAGAAGAGACCAACGGCAAGAAGAACAAGAACAAGAACCAAAACGCCGAGAACCGAGGAAUGAGCUCGAUCAAGAUCCUCCGCCUACAAUCACCUUCUUCCCGCCCUCGCCCGCCGCCUCCCUCUCCUCCGUUGCUACCUACGACUCGCUCCUCUCCGACGCCGAGCCGGAACCUCUGAGCCUCUCCCCCGACGACGAUGGCAACGACGCCGCCCACCCGGUCGAGGCCACCGCCGCCCCUAGCACGGUACACCUCCCGUCCCCGGCCGACGCCUCCAUCCCCGCCGCUCUACCCCCCUACCGCACUCUGAUCCCGCUCGAUCCGUCCCUCCGCCCCUCGGACCCCUACACCUUCGCCCGGCUGUUCCCCUCGCUGGACCGCCUCGCCAUCCGCCACGACGACACCACCGCCGACGGCAACAUGAACCUGCGCGUCGAGACCGUCGUCGCCCCAAGCAGCCCCGGCCCGUCCGGUGCGCCCGGCCCCGUCCUCGGCCCCCGCAGGAGGCCCGCCACCGUGCAGCUCUUCCACCUGCGCAUGCACGACCUCGCGCGGCGCGACUUCUCGCUGCGCCGCUACUGCCGCGACUCGGGCCGCGAGGUGUGCUUCUCCAAGCGCGCGUACGCGCCCUCCUCGGGCGGCCGCGCCGCCGCCGUCUCCUCGGCGAGCCACACGCUGCAGCGCGCCCUGCGCUCCGUCAAGAGCCCGUUCCGCCGCUCGUCCUCGUCCUCGUCGUCCGCUGGUGGCGGCAACGGCGACGCUUCGACAACGACGUCUUCGCCGCGUAACUCGCUGGGCUUUGCGCGCCGGCCCUCCACGGGGGGCAGCACCGUGACGGCCCACACUACGGCGUCGUCGUCCUGCUGGAGCCGCCGUGGGUCGACUGCCUCGUCCGCCUCCCUGGCCGGCAACGCGCUUCUAUCUGGAGCUGGCGGCUCGGGCGCCGCGCACCCCCCGCCGCAGGUCCUCGUCCCGACCGACACCAUCAAGCUCGAGUUUAGCAACUACGCGCGCGUCGACGUCUCGCGGCGGCACUCGAGCGGCAGCGGCGGCGCGGCGACCAAGGCGUACGAGUUCGAGUGGUGGGACCACCGGUACGCCUGGCGCCGGGCCGUGGACCGUGCCCUCGGCGCCGUGUCGUUCCACCUCGUGCGCGACGGGGACGCCGCCGCCGCGGUCGCGCACAUCGUCCCCGAGGUGCGCACCCCGACGCAGGUCUUUGCCGAGGACCGCGCCGGCGGGUGGGUGCCGCCGUGCUACAUGUGGAUCAGCGACCAGUCCGUCGUCGAUGCCGUGACCGAUGUUGCCGACGUCAUAGUGGCAACCGGUCUCAUCGCCCUGGUGGACGAUUCCAUCCGCGAGCGCUGGCCCGUCAAGAAGAAGCCCGCGCACGUCUCCCCGUAUCUGCUCCCGACGAAGCCCCACUUCGGGCCCGGUCCGGCCUCCGCUGCCGCCGCCGACGCGGACGGAGAGGACGCGGCCCGCAGACCCGGCGUCCGGGGCUUCUUCUCCCGCCGGCCGUCGGCGCAGCACUCGCACAGCCCGCUGCGCCUGGGGCGCACCGUCGCCGUGUAUUGA